UAUUGUACAGACUACGAGACAUCUGACAAGAAGAAUUUUCCAACGUUCGCUAGGACUAAACCACCGAGUACUCAAAUAUCUAAAUCUGUCGCAUCUUUGCUUUUGGAACAUAAUUGGACUCAGGUGACAUUCCUGUACCUGAGGUCGGUGCAGGAUGACUUUGAUAAGGUGGCAGCCACUAUUCAGUCUGUACUGGAGACGGCCGGAGUCAAAGUGAACAUGGUCAGAUGGUGGAACGAACCCUAUCACAGAGGAUAUUCCGAAAAUCCUUUUCCCAAACUGCUCAGGGAAACCUACAAGGAUACGCGCAGUAAGUGAAUACAUUCCAAUUAUUCUACCUAUAGACCACU